GGUGGUCACUUUCACGGGAGAGGAACAGGAAGAAGAAAGAGAAACAAUUGCAGUAAUUCCUGUGAAAUGGAUCGAAAAACCUGAUGAUGAGAUUACUGACAUAUUUUUGGCCCCCAAAAAACUGGCCAAAAAGAGGAUCAAGACUAGUACAUUCAAAAAGAGCUGUACAAAAUUGCAUUGAGCCUGAAAUUCAAUGGCCUCGUCAUAAAGGAACAGUCCUUCAUUUAUACCGUGAACAUGAUGAUGCAAUUAAAGGUUUGAAAAAAGCUGAGGAUGACACAUCACUUGAAACGGAAGUAAAUGGUGCCCCAAGAAAGAGGAAGCUACCAAAGCGAUACUUGGACUUUGACAAAGAUGGUGAAAAUGAAGAGAACGAUAUGUCGCUAAAGAAAAAAGGUCUUCGAAGCUGUAAAAUUAGAAGGCUUAGCGAAAGCACGACUGACAGUACGACGACUUUACCUCAGAUGAACUCUGAUAUUUUGAAUGAAGUAAAAAAUAUCAACGUAUUUCAAGUAGUAAAUAAAGAGAUAGAGAAAACGUCUAGAAAGCAACCUGUUGAAAAUUAUGCCAGGAUCAAAGUCCUUCGGGAGUUUCGAAACAAUUCUAGCCGAAGUUGUGAACAAAAACAACUAAAAAAAGUUUGCAAUAGCCAAUGUGAAAGAAAUGUUAACAAGAAACAUGAAAAGCAGCGCAAAAUAAAUGGUAAUAUCAAACAAAAUAAUCUUGUAUCCAAUAAAACAAUGCAAAAGAAAAGGAAUGCACUAAUAACAAUUUCAAGUAGUACUUUAACUCCGUUUUCUCUCCUAUCAAGGACAAAGUGAUAAGUAGUAAAACUUCUGAGGUUUCUAAAAUUUCUUCAUGUAACUCAUCAAUAUCUGCAUCUGAUUUUCCGAUAAAUGAUGUUCCUAAUUCAACUGAAUUUUCAUUUCCAUCUUCAAUACAUAUGAAUAGUCUUAAUGAGGAAUCAUGUUCGUCUCAAACCGCAUUAUUGGUACAUUCUAUUUUCGACAAAGUAGGUGAA